AUGCGAGUUGAAAGUGAGACCUGCGCGGCGUGCUUCGAAGCUUCGACCAGCGACGCGUUUUUUACUUGCCUUGACAACCUCCCCAUCUUUACAACAGACGACGGUUGCGACAGCAACGAGGACUUCGCCUGCUGCUUCAACGAGGCGUCAGGCCUCGACUGCAUCAACGACCCCACCACAUUUGCAUUGAUUGAGUGCUUGUACGACGACGCCAACCACUGCGAGGAGAACUGGACCUGCAGCGGCUUGAGCCGUGGCGGCGCUCCUUCCACAACCUCGGCCUCCGGUUCUACCCCGACGCCAUCUCUUCCUGCAACGACUUCCGCUACUGGCGGCGGGGCUGAGACUGCGGCGCCAGCCGCACCGGCUGAUUCUACGACUUCUGCCGGCGUAGAUGACACCAUGGCGCCCUUCGCCACCGACGGCGGCAUGUAUAACUGA